AUGAGUCAAGCAGAUGGGACUACUAGCAGGUAUAUUAUGAAUGAUGUCCCUGCCCGACAAAAGAAGAAAGAAGAGGAUGCUGAUUUGAAUCUAGCUCAAACAAUUAUGCGUAAUCAUCAAUAUAGCAAAUCCCGUCAGGCAGAUGAUGAAUAUGAUUAUGAUGAUGGUCCAAGGAAAAAGACUCGCAAGAAAGGAGGGGGAGGCAAUCAUAAAUCCAGUGAGAUAUCUAAUUCGGCAAACCGCUUCUUCACGCAGCAAGAGCGCUGUCAAUUUUGCUUUGAGAAUCCAACAAGACCUAAGCAUCUGAUCGUUGCUAUUGCAAACUUUACCUACUUGUCAUUACCUCAAAUGCCGCCUGUUGUACCGGGUCAUUGUUGCAUUUUAACCUUGCAGCAUGAAUCGUCCACGAGAUCUGUUGAUGAUAAUGUGUGGGAUGAGAUUCGGAACUUCAAGAAAUGCCUAAUAAUGAUGUUUAAAAAUCAGGAGAAGGAUGUAGUAUUCCUUCAGACACGGCUACUUGUUCUGGGAAUUUUACUGAUGCAGAGUAAACGCUACUACAACACUGAAGAAUAG